CGCGCCCAUGAACACGUGAGUCACGAAACCGUUUUGCCCCAACUCAUAAUCACCGAGCACCAUCCUUACUUGUCAAACUUACCCUCCCUUAGUCUCUUCCAGACUCCAAAAGCAUAUUCCCGGAUUUUCGGCUGGAGAGUCGCUCAACAGAACAAAUGCUAAAAACAAAACAAAGAUCUGUGUGUGUUAUUUCCUUAUCAUCGUCAAACAACAAUGGGCAGGAGGUUCUUCGUUGGCGGUAACUGGAAAUGCAAUGGAACCACUGAAGAAGUGAAGAAGAUAGUGAAUGUUCUCAAUGAAGGUCAAGUUCCAUCCCAAGAUGUCGUUGAGGUUGUGAUUAGCCCACCCUUUGUGUUUAUUCCGAUGGUGAAGGAUUUGUUGAGGCCUGAAUUUCAUGUUGCAGCUCAAAACUGUUGGGUAAAAAAUGGAGGUGCUUUCACCGGUGAGGUUAGUGCGGAGAUGCUUCUCAAUUUGGGUAUUCCUUGGGUUAUUCUUGGUCAUUCUGAGAGGAGACUUAUCUUAAAUGAAUCAAAUGAGUUUGUUGGGGAUAAGGUUAAAUAUGCACUUUCUCAAGGUUUAAAGGUGAUAGCUUGUGUUGGCGAGACUCUUGAGCAGCGUGAAGCAGGAUCUACGGUGGAUGUUGUUGCUUCACAAACUAAAGCAAUUGCAGAGCGAAUCUCAGAUUGGUCAAACAUUGUUUUGGCCUAUGAGCCUGUGUGGGCUAUUGGAACUGGGAAAGUUGCUACUCCAGCUCAAGCUCAGGAAGUACAUUCUGAACUGAGGAAAUGGCUCCACACAAACACCAAUCCUGAGGUUGCUGCAACAACCCGGAUAAUCUAUGGAGGAUCUGUAAAUGGUGCAAACUGCAAGGAAUUGGCUGCUCAGUCUGAUGUUGAUGGAUUUUUGGUCGGUGGAGCUUCUCUGAAGGGCUUCUUUUGUUAACUUCAUUCCAGCCGGAGUUCAUUGACAUUAUCAAUUCUGCUGCGGUGAAGAAAAAUGCCUGAUCUUGUUUUAUGCAUGUCAUGCUGGGUCGAGGAAGCUUUCAUUUUGGGAGGUAUAGAAUUCAGUGCAUACUUUUCUGAGGAAUAAGUUAUGCCUUUGUGUUUAGAUAAGCAGUUGUUACUGAAGUUUAUUCAGGAAUAAAUCUUCCUCUUUCUUUUA